CUUCCGGAUGUAGUAAUCUUGGAGAAGUUGUCAUGAAAGAGAAGAUUGAGGAAGCGAAUGCGAGUGUCUAUUCUUAAUGAGGAAUCUUAACACACCUGGUCUACAUUUCUGAGAAGUUACCAUUGAAAUACCAUAUUCCAAUAUGUAUGGGCACUUCACAGCAGAUCAGGAUAGAGGAUCAAACUCUCCUCGAACUCAGGCUCCAGUCUUGAAAUGUGAUGAAGCUGCUGCUGUAGCUAUACUGCAACAUCUCAACAAAGAGGAGCUCAUGAAUCUUCUGGAUAAUGAUGACAAACUACAAGACAUCAUUUCAGACCUUCCUCAGGUGAAGAACAUUCAGACAGAGAGAGAGAUGUUGAUGGCACAGAACAAGAGUGUGGCUGAAUAUAAUAUUAGUGUAAUGCCCAAACUGGAGACUCAAAAGAGGAAACUUGCAACAAACUAUGAAGAUGCUAAUAGCCUCAAAACAGCUUUAGCCAUGGACAAAUCUAAGUUAGAUGUCUUAAGAAGAGAGCAAUCUUUAGACACAGUCUGUGUGUUACUACAAACAGCUGCAGCAAAGACGGAGGAAGAAGCUGAGGAAAUUUCAGACCAAUUUUUUGACAGAAAAAUGGAUGUGGAAACUUUCUUGGAACAAUAUUUAAGCAAAAGGACUCUUUCACAUUUGCAACAAGUGAAGUCACAAAAGCUCACUGAACUUAUUCGUUCUCAAUCUACUCAAGCUCCAGAGAGCAAUCAACAAACCAACUACAACUGGGGGUCUGGACCCAGAGGUGGUAACUACCCAACCCCACCUCCAGUAGCCCAGCCGAGUGCAGCACUGCCCUACCCUAGUGGACCUUCAUACCAUUCAGGGGGAUCUUUUCAAAUGCCCCAUGGUGGAUAUUAUAACCAUAGGUGAUGGGGGAAAAUGCUCAGAUAUAACAUUUUAGUCUUCAAAUAGACAUAUUUUUUUGUGAAUGUUGAAUUGUUAUCAUUUGAGUAUUGUAUAUUAUUAUUCACUUUAAUGACUAAGACUUAAAAUUAGGAGUAGAAGUUAAUUUUUUUCAUGAUAGAUAAAUUCUUGUUCAUACAUACAUAUAUGAUAUGGUUAUAGUGAAAAUUGAUGGAUAUUAUUAUAAAAUGCACUUUUUUAUCAUGUGAGACAUGUUUAAUGAUUAUUUUGUGCUUUUGUUUUGUUUUCAUUUUCUUGAUACAUUAUUUUUUGUGAUAUAUUGUAUACAUUCUGUUUUAAUGAGGAAGAUUGAACAGAUAUUGAUACAAAAAUUGUCACCUCAACAGAAUUAUUUCAUUAGCAUAUAUUAAUGUGUUUAAUUUGGUUAAAUUUCACAUUUUACGUGGCCAUGGAUAUCACUGAAUGUCAUAAAAAGUUUGCUAAACCAGAUUUCAAUUAAAACAAUCUAAUAAUAAA